AUGGCGUCGUCAAGUCGCGGAGACGGGCUGUCCCUCCCCAGAGUCACUUGUCCGAACCACCCUGAAGCCUGUUUAGUGGAGGACUACAGAGCGGGAGACAUGAUCUGCCCCGAGUGUGGGCUGGUGGUCGGAGACAGAGUGAUCGACGUCGGCUCAGAGUGGAGAACAUUCUCCAAUGAAAAAGCUCUGAAAGACCCGUCUCGAGUCGGAGACGCCCAGAACCCACUGCUCAACGGAGGAGACUUGACCACGAUGAUCAGCAAGGGAACAGGAGCCGCUAGUUUUGACGAGUUUGGGAACUCCAAAUACCAAAACCGGCGGACAAUGAGCAGUUCAGACCGUGCCAUGCUCAACGCCUUCAAAGAGAUCACCACGAUGGCCGACCGCAUCAACCUGCCCCGAAACAUCGUGGACAGAACCAACAACCUGUUCAAACAGGUUUACGAACAGAAGAGUCUGAAAGGACGAGCCAACGACGCCAUCGCCUCCGCGUGUCUUUACAUCGCCUGCCGUCAGGAGGGCGUGCCGCGGACGUUCAAAGAGAUCUGUGCCGUGUCCAGAAUCUCCAAAAAAGAAAUUGGCCGCUGCUUUAAACUGAUCCUCAAAGCUCUGGAGACCAACGUGGAUCUGAUCACGACCGGAGACUUCAUGUCGCGUUUCUGCUCCAACCUGGGGCUUCCCAAACAGGUGCAGAUCGCCGCCACGUACAUCGCUCGCAAAGCUGUGGAGACCGACCUGGUCCCAGGACGCAGCCCCAUCUCUGUGGCAGCUGCCGCCAUCUACAUGGCCUCGCAGGCGUCCGCCGAGAAGAAGACCCAGAAAGAGAUCGGAGACAUUGCUGGAGUCGCAGACGUCACCAUCCGACAGUCGUACCGCCUCAUCUACCCUCGCGCCGCAGAACUCUUCCCUCCAGACUUUAAGUUCGACACUCCGGUGGAGAAGCUGCCACAGCUGUGA